AUGUUGUAUGCGGCCAUUCUGGUGGCAGGCUUGGCCCUAUCAUCUGCAUAUCGUGUGGACCAUCAGUUGGACCGCAAAUUGGUGACCCAACCAGCGCAGCUUGCGGCCCCCGGACCCUUAGGGCGUUGUCAGUACUCCGCGGCACCUUCUGCCGUGGAAAGUGGCCGGCCCUAUCAUGACAGUCUGGUGGCCCUUUGCCCCAACAAUUCAUUGACCGAGAAGUGCGUCAAGGAAGCCAAGAGCAGCGCCGCAAUGGUUCUGGUUGUCGACACUGAUGUGCUUGGUGUUGGAAACUGCGAAUCCCUCUGCAAUGAGAAUUAUGGGAUGGUAUACGAUGAGAACCAUUUUUAUCGGCGCUUGAAAUUCUGCAAGGGCUAUGUGGUGCGCCAUCCCUUCAACGAAGGUAUAGAGAAGGCGGUGAACAGAAAAGCCGGUGGGAUGUUUUUGAGCUGA